GUCUUACAUACAAAUGGCGUGCAAGUUAACAGCUAUAGGAGAAACAUAACCUAUUUUAUAAGCGAAAAGGAGAAAAUGUAUUUUGUUUAAUUUUCACUGUUUUUUGAAGUAAAUAAAAAAUGGGGCGGAGUCGCACACCAUCCCCGGGAAGGCGAAGGGACCGAUCUCGGGAACGAGACCGUGACAGGGAUCGACGAAGAAGGCGAUCACGAGAGAGGAGGCGAAGAUCCGUGGAACGAGACAGAGUAAAGUCAAGAGACAGAGACCGAGAACGCGAUCGGGACAGACACAGGAGGUCGUACAGCAGAUCCAGAUCGAGGGAACGUGAUAGAUCCAAACAUAGAACAAAGCCAAAACCGACAAACGAACGACCCGUUAUCACAGAAGCGGAUCUUCAAGGCAAAACGCCGGAAGAGCAAGAGAUGAUGAGAGUGAUGGGAUUCUGCGACUUUGAUACUACGAAGGGCAAGAAAGUAGAUGGAAACGACGUGGGUGCAGUUCACGUCAUCCUAAAGAGAAAAUACAGACAGUACAUGAACAGGAAGGGCGGCUUUAAUAGGCCUCUAGACUUUGUCGCGUAAUGUAUUUAACACAACUUCAAAUGAUAGAGUUUUAUCUUAGGAACAAUACAAUAACAUCGUACGUAAACAUGUUCGAAAAGGGAAACGCAAACGGGACGAGCUAUGAUUCUAUUAUAAUUAUGAUUCUAUUAUAAUUAUGAUUCUAUUAUAAUUAAUGUGAUAACGGAAGCGGUAACAUGUUUUGUGAGUAAACUAUAUAACAACAGAAUAUUUAUAUUUAAUAAAUGCGCUGAUUUUUCAUUAACGGCUCGUAAUGUAACCGGAGCUAUAAAAAAAGCUUUAAUAAAAUGUAGAA